AUGAUCUCAACAAAGCAUAGUAACCGCGAAUCUAUCGAUGGUCGGCAGGCUACAGCUGAGGCACCGUCAAGUCGCGUCGUCGAAAAGCCUAUCCCAGCCUCUCAGCACAGGGAUCCACGGAAGUAUCAGUUAGAUCAGAUCAAAAGGCGAUUUUCACCCACGUUAGGCACUCUACGGAAUGGAACAACAACCGCUCGGUUUCACCUGAAACCUUCUGAUCCUGAUUUCCCCUUCGAACUAGAACGCCUAGAUUGCGAGCUGCAGGUACCUGCUGCUUAUCCACAAGAGCCGCCAACGUUGUUGGUGAAGAACCAAGACAUUCCCCGCGGCUUCUGUGUGAACAUAGAGCGAGGAUGGGACAAACUCGUUUCGGACAGACACAAUGCGACUUUACUCGCUCUUGUCACUGCAUUAGACAAGAAUCUCGAGGCCUUUCUAUCAGAACAGAAGGCGGAAACGGUCACACUAGUAUCAUUCAAGGACACGCGACAUUUGGAACAUGCGACGACGUCUUUAGGAGGAGAGGUAUCAGCCCUGAUUUCACAAGUGGCUCCUUUGAAGUCGCCGACCCCACCGCAGAAGACUUAUGUGCCUGAAGAGUCUUUUACCGGAGAGCAGAUUGCCGGUGCCAAAGCCAGGAGAGCCCAAGAAAUUCGACAACUUGAGGCACGAAUGGGACGCAUCGCACUUUAUCAGAAAUCUGCUGAUGGUGUUGUUUAUACUAUACCCCUCGAGCCAAGGCGACGGACGGAACUACCUCAGGGGCUACAGUCCAUCAAAUCAGUGCAGCUGAUAAUCCCUCUACUCUACCCCCUUCAGGCAUUGCGAAUCUUGCUUAACGAUGUCGAGUCACAAGAUGCGGAACCAUUGGAAGAGGCCUUUGCAACAAGGGUCGUCCAGCAGAAACACAUGACGUUGAUGAACCACCUGAACUACCUAUCGCAAAAUAUGCACACCAUGGCAAAACAAGCUCAAGUUACUAAAUCCACACAGUUGGUACCAGAAUCAAGCCUUAUGGCUAAUGGCCAAACAUCAAAGGUCCCUGAAAUUGAGGAGUCCUCUGCUUUAGAUCGUGCCGAUGCAAAGGGACAUAUUCAUAUCAUACCACGUCCGCCAGAAUGGAGUCGUGUGCCCGAAUCAGAUGACUCAAAUUCAGACUCGGACUUUUGGGGCUCGAGCGAAGACUCUGAAGAAGGAGGUGCCGACAUAGAAUUACAACAACCCCGUGUCUCUGGUGCUGCUCAGCAGGUAGAAAGGGGCACUGCAAUAUCAUUCCCUACUGUCGAGCUAUACGGCAUCGAGCUUCUUCAGGUAUCGAUCUUAAACAUUAGCAGCAAGUGUCAACGGUGUAAAACCCUGAAUGACAUCACUAGUCUCAAGCCCGGGGCGGAAAAGGCGAUCAAUUGUAGGAAAUGUGGCUCGCCGGCGACCGCCAUGUUCCGGCAAGAAAUGGUACACCAGAACUCGUCAAGGGCUGGCUUCAUCGACGUAACCGGAUGCACGGUUGCAGAUAUGCUGCCAAGCACUUUCGUGCCUACAUGCUCGAAGUGCUCGACGCCGAGCCAGGGGCUUGUGUCCGUCCGAGGUGAGGCCGUCACAAACGUAUGCCGAGAGUGCCACGGCCGCUUCACCUUCAAGAUACCCCAAGUCAAAUUCCUUGCUAUCACGGCUGGAUCUGCGCUCCCACCUGCACUCGGGCCGCGACGAAGACAAGAGAAGCUAGGCCUACACGCCGGUGAGCCAUUGCCUGGCAGAGGAGCGUGCCAACACUACCGACGGUCGUAUAGAUGGUUUCGCUUCUCAUGCUGUAGCAAAGUCCACCCGUGCGACAAGUGCCAUGAUGAGAAUGAAGAUCAUAUUCAGGAAUGGGCCAAUCGCAUGAUAUGCGGUUGGUGCAGCAGAGAACAGAACUACGCUGUCGAGGCUUGCACUUUCUGCGGACGUUCUGUUAUCGGGAAGAAGGGAAGGGGAUUCUGGGAGGGUGGCAAGGGCACACGCGAUAAAGUAAAGAUGAGCCGUAAAGACAAGAGGAAGUUUCGCCGGGUCGGCGGGGGUGAAGCGAAGAAGAAGGACUAG